AUGUCAAUUACGAAGGCAAUCACGAUACCAAGAGGAUGGUUCCCAUCGAGGGCUUCAAAAAAAUCAGAAAAGCCAACGUCACCCACUUGGAAAUUUCAUCAAUUCACUCUCCUCCCCUUGGAACUUCAACGCAAAAUCUGGCGUUCCCUCUUCCCCUCCUCCCGAACCGUCUUCCUCUCCUACAACAUCACUCCCCUCCAAGCUCACUCUUGCCCACCCCCCAUCACCCUCUCCAUCUGCUCCGAAUCACGUUCCGAGACACUUUUAUACUACACUCUCAUUUACCGUUCGGAAUUUCUCGGAUCCCGUGGGAGAUCCGGUGGCAAUUGCGGGAUUCUCCUCAGCAAAAGCAUGAGACAGCCUAUUUGUAUCAAUCCCCUCAUUGACACCAUUUCCUUUCACGCUGGGGAUCUAUGCGGGGAGAAUUUCAAAGGCCGAAAACGCUUCGUCGAGUGGAUGGCAUUUUUAAAUUCGGUGGAUAGGAGGAUUUUGGGGCGAGUCACUAUGGUGCAGUUAGAAGGCUUGGAUUGGGAGAAUACGAUGUAUGUACAUCUUAAGUUCCAGGAAAGAUUGAGGUGUAAGGAAGUGGCGGAGGAGUACGAGGGACAGGGAGGAGCGGAGAGCUGGGAGCAAUUGAAUUAUGGAGGGUUGUUGAGAUUAGACGGAUUGCAGGAAAUUAGGUGUAGGUAUUCUCAUACGGAAUACAUGGGAAAUUUUGAAGAACAGUUGAGGGUGUUCUUGGGUUUCCAUAGGCAGGUUUGGGGUGGGAAGAUUCCGGUUGUGAAGAGGGUUUCUUGA